AUGGGGACCACAGGCACCCAGACUCAGCUUCCAGCGUCCCAAGAAUUUCACACCACCUGUUUGGGAGUAAAGGAUGAUGAUGAGAGGUGGGACACUCUAAUUGUAACCUGCACCAACAGUGCCACGAGCAUCUUUGCUGGCUUCGUCAUCUUCUCUGUUAUUGGCUUCAUGGCCAAUGAACGCAAAGUCAACAUUGAGAACGUGGCGGACCAAGGACCAGGCAUCGCAUUCGUGGUUUACCCCGAGGCCUUAACCAGGCUGCCGCUCUCUCCGUUCUGGGCCAUCAUCUUUUUCCUGAUGCUCCUUACACUUGGACUUGACACUAUGUUUGCCACCAUCGAGACCAUAGUUACCUCCAUCUCGGAUGAGUUCCCCAAGUACCUGCGCACACACAAGCCAGUCUUCACUCUGGGCUGCUGCGUUUGUUUCUUCAUCAUGGGCUUUCCUAUGAUCACUCAGGGUGGAAUUUACAUGUUUCAACUUGUGGACACGUAUGCUGCCUCCUAUGCCCUCGUCAUCAUUGCCAUUUUUGAGCUCGUGGGGAUCUCCUAUGUGUACGGCUUGCAAAGAUUCUGUGAAGAUAUAGAGAUGAUGAUUGGAUUCCAGCCCAACAUUUUCUGGAAAGUCUGCUGGGCAUUUGUAACUCCAACCAUUUUAACUUUUAUCCUUUGCUUCAGCUUUUACCAGUGGGAGCCCAUGACCUAUGGCUCCUACCGCUACCCUAACUGGUCCAUGGUGCUUGGAUGGCUAAUGCUCGCCUGUUCUGUUAUCUGGAUCCCAAUUAUGUUUGUGAUAAAAAUGCAUCUGGCCCCUGGCAGAUUUAUUGAGAGGCUGAAGUUGGUGUGCUCCCCACAGCCAGACUGGGGCCCAUUCUUAGCUCAACACCGCGGGGAACGCUACAAGAACAUGAUCGACCCCCUGGGAACCUCUUCCCUGGGACUCAAACUGCCAGUGAAGGAUUUGGAACUGGGCACCCAGUGCUAGUCCAAUGGCGUGGGAUGGUCCAGAUUUGAUUCUGUUUUCCUCUCUGCUUCCCUCUAAUGUUUUCCCCAG